GGGUCGGCGAGAGUGCCCCUCCAGCCGUUCUCCUACCGCUCGCCUGUCAGUCUGAACGCCCCCUGCCCUCCCGCGAGGGCGCCCCGGGACGGAAGGAUCCACCAGCCUGUCGGCGCCCGCCGUUCUCGUGGUCGCCGUCGCCGUCGUCGUUGUGAUAGUCUCUGCCGUCGCGUGGGCCAUGGCCAAUUACAUCCACGUCCCGCCCGGCUCCCCGGAGGUCCCCAAGCUGGACGUCACGGUUCAGGAUCAGGAGGAGCAGCGCUGCCGGGAGGGGGCCCUAAGCCUCCUGCAACACCUGCGGCCGCACUGGGACCCUCAGGAGGUGACCCUGCAGCUUUUCACAGAUGGAAUCACAAAUAAACUUAUUGGCUGUUACGUGGGUAAUACAAUGGAGGAUGUAGUCCUGGUGCGAAUUUAUGGCAAUAAGACUGAGUUGUUAGUUGAUCGAGAUGAGGAGGUGAAGAGUUUCCGAGUGUUGCAGGCUCAUGGCUGUGCACCGCAACUCUACUGUACCUUCAAUAAUGGACUGUGCUAUGAAUUUAUACAGGGAGAAGCAUUGGAUCCAAAGCAUGUCUGCAACCCUGCUAUUUUCAGGCUAAUAGCACGUCAGCUUGCUAAGAUCCAUGCUAUUCAUGCACACAAUGGCUGGAUUCCCAAAUCUAAUCUAUGGCUAAAGAUGGGAAAAUAUUUCUCUCUAAUUCCCACAGGAUUUGCAGAUGAAGAAAUUAAUAAAAGGUUCCUAAGUGAUAUCCCAAGCUCUCAGACUCUUCAGGAGGAGAUGACUUGGAUGAAGGAGAUUCUUUCCAACCUGGGCUCACCUGUUGUGCUUUGCCAUAAUGACCUAUUGUGUAAGAAUAUAAUCUACAAUGAGAAACAAGGUGAUGUACAGUUCAUUGAUUAUGAAUAUUCUGGAUACAACUACCUGGCAUAUGAUAUUGGAAAUCAUUUCAAUGAAUUUGCAGGUGUGAGUGAUGUAGACUAUAGUCUUUAUCCAGAUAGAAAACUACAGAGCCAGUGGCUGCGUUCUUACCUUGAAGCCUACAAAGAAUAUAAGGGCUUUGGGACCGAAGUUACUGAAAAGGAGGUAGAAAUACUCUUCAUUCAGGUCAAUCAGUUUGCAUUGGCUUCUCAUUUCUUUUGGGGAUUGUGGGCUUUGAUUCAAGCCAAAUACUCCACUAUUGAGUUUGAUUUCCUUGGGUAUUCAAUUGUUCGUUUUAACCAAUACUUUAAAAUGAAGCCUGAGGUUACUGCAUUAAAAAUGCCUGAGUAAAGAAGAGAUUUAAUUAUUCUCAAGUAGCUGAACAAUGCUUGUGAAUCUUUUCUUAAGAAAUUCUGAAAAGCCAAUAUUUGAUAAAAUUCUGUUAUUUAAUUUGGUUAUGUUGCUUUACAAAUUAUGCCUCUAAACAACCAAUCUAUUUUUUAAAUAGACUGAAUGAUGUCAAGAAAUAUACCUACUGCUAUCAGUAUGUGGUGGAUUAGAAAUUUGUUAAAUCUACAAAAAGGUAUAAAGAUGUCAGUUUAAUUCUUUGAUAAUUUAAUCUAUGUUUUAUGUGAAUUAUUUAUUAUAAAUUUAACAUGAUUCUGUGACUGCUUUCAUCUGUUUCAUCUGUUUGUUGAGUGUAAGCAAUGAAAAUGUUCCAGAGAAAAAUUUUUUUGUUUUACUUUAAUAAGAUUAAUUUUAGUAAACAUUCUAGGUGUUCAGUGUAACCUUUUUAUUUUGAUGCGCUAUAAGUAAAAUGAAUCAUUUACUCUUGAAAUGCCAGAUAUUGGUAUAGAUAACUUAGGAUGUUCAUAGAAAAAUAUCUGUUUAGGAGGGUGAAAUACAUUCACUAUCUAUGCUAAUGGUACAUCUUUUUGAAUUGAAUAUUGAAAAGUGUUUCUUUUUGGGGAAUAGAUUUUAGAAUUAAAUUCCUCUGUCCCUAUGUAGUCUGGCAGUAUAAAUAUUAAUAUUUACCAUAUAAUACUGGAAUAGAUAUAUGAUGAUUUUUAUGUUACCAAAAUCUGCAUUAAAUAACGUUUUCAUAUACUAAAUAUGGUCAUUUAAGUUACUAGUUUGUUUUUAAAAUUUUACUAUCUCAAGUUGUUUCUAACCAAAAAUUUUGUUUUACUUAUUGAGAUGUUCUUUGUUUUUGUUUGUUAUUAAAUAGUAACUAGUAGAACAAUUGCUAAUUUUUGAAACAAAGAUAGAAUGUUUAUCAUACUUGGGAACAAGACAAUGUCAUUUAGAGUAAUUCUUUUUUACCUCUUUAGAUUCAUUCUUUACAUUUUGGUUUCAUGUUUUAGUGUGGCUCCAUGUCUUUAGAAUGAUAGCAAAUGAUUACUUGAUACAUGUAAGUUCAGAGAAGUAAGUUGAAGCAGUUAAAGAAUUAAAUAAGGAACAUUUAGAACAUUGAUCUUGUGCAUUUAAUAUCAGAUAUAACAAAAUGUGAAUUAAGCAGAAAUUCUCAUGGUAGGAGGGCUUCUGUUUGUUUUGAUUUCUCUUGAUUUUGUUUAAAUGUGUUUUUUAUUUUGUUUGAGAGUGUGAGGAUGACAAUUAUAUGGAAGGAAGUUAGAUCUUUGGGAUAGAUAAGUAGGCUUCAAGUUUUGAAGACUGCUGUGUGGAGUUGAGCAAUCAUGGUUAACUUUACUUAGAAAAUUAGUCUGACAAGCUUUGCACUUUGGUCACAUAAGUGCCCAUGUACAAAGUUGGCUUGAUGGAUCUGCAUAUUCAGAAUAUGCAACUACAGAUUUAUCCUCUGAGAAAUCUUCUGGGGAGUCUGAUGUAUUAUUCCAAAUGACUUAUAUUCUCAGAUAAGUGCUUUAAAAUACUUGGAUUAUCUCAAGAUAUUUAAAGCUAAUAAAACAAGUAGAAACACUUAAAGGCCAUUUAAAAUGGUAAAUUCUAGUUGCAUAAAUAGAAUCGUAAAAUCUGUUUGUAUCUAUAACAGUGUUAGACCGAGAUUUGUUUUCUACCUCCCCAGUGUUACAGAUGUUCACUUCUGUUUUUAUAAAUCAUAUUACUGUAGGAUCAACAGAAUUUUACCUAAUUGACUAAAUGAAUGGAACCAAUUAAUUAAUAGCUUUUUAUAUAAUGUUAGAGUGAACCUGAGAAAUUGUUUUUGGUGGAAUUUUCAUCUGUGGUUGGAACAUUUUCUUGGAAUGAUGAAGAAUAUGUAAUACUCUUGUUUUUUUUGCUUUCUGACUUCUUAAAGUGCAACAGUAUAUGUCUUGGAGAACUAUUGGGGGAGAGAAGAUCAUUUUUCUACCUUAUUCCAUAUUCUUCAAAGUGUUUUGAAUAGAGAUUCACUGAGCCAUUGCUGGUAGACUAUGUGCAUAGCUGCUAGCUGUGACACUAUUGUUAGCAUGUCAAAGAGAUUCAUAUACAAGUGAAUGUAAAGAGGAAUAAAGGCUCUCACUUUAUCCCUAGGCCUAUGCAGUGGAUCUUGGGAACAAAAUAAGAUAUUUAGGAUAUUUCCUCCACUCAGGCUAGAUUUUUGGGUGUUGUGAUGCUCCUACUUCCUGUACAGGUUUUUGGGAUCAUGCUGCAGGCUAAAAGUAGGGUUCAAAAUUACUCCCUUUUUUUUAAUUGACCAUUUAAGGGAUUCUAAAGAAGAAACAUCCCUCUCAAAUUUGUCCUGUAGCUUGCUAAGAUGUCUGUUGCCUUUUUAUGUUAAGCUAAAAAACUUGAAUGCCUUACCUAAUAACUCAAUUGGUAGUAAGCUCAUUGUGUAAAUAUGAAAAUGGUUGUUAGAGAAGUGGCAUUCGUGUCUACUCAUUGUUAGUUAAUAGACCAUAGUGGCCUGGAUGCUGUAACAAGCAAAAUUCCACAUUUUUUUCUCUUUGUUCCUUUCAUGUAUGAUCUUACCUGACCAGUAAUAUUUGAUUUUUUUUCCCUCCUGAUUCCAUGCUACUACCACUUUCUGGAAAUCAAAGAGAUGUAGUAAAUCAUACUGUUCACAUGAUCUUUUGAGAUCAAUAUGAGCACAAAACUUCAUCAACUAGGUCUGCCUGGAAUGUAUAUAAAACAGUGUAAAUAGAAAUUUGUAAAUUAGUGUGAAUUGUAUCUUGCAUAUGAGAUUGUGUAUUGUUUUGCAUUCUCUUCCCUUUUGUAGAAUUUUUUUGUGAGAAAAUGAUCCAGCUCUUUGAUUUUAGACUGGAAAUAGCCAACAGUUUUGGCUGCACAGUGGGGUUAGCAAGAGGAACUGGAAAUAGAGUUUAUCAGUUUUGUUAAUGUCAGUACUUAUUUAUUUAACCUCUCAGUGCCUAAUAUGACUUUUCUUCAUUCUUUAGUUGGCCAUUGGUUUUUGUGAGGUUAGAUUCCUGCAAGCAGUAAAUUAGUACACUGUUAGAGCUCCAUUCUUUGAGUCAUGAUUCUAAGCUUCAGCAAAUUAAAAAUAUAAUUUAAUGAUUGCAAACUCAAGUAUUAUCCUUUCCUAUUUUUUAAGGUUGUUAACCUUUUUCUACCAAAAAAACCCUUGAAUUUGAUAUAUCUCAAUGUGAAUCUAAAUCCCAUAUAUACAAGAGACAUGGUAAUUAAUAGCCUUUAGUUCAACUUAAGCAUAUCUCAGGCUUCUCUGAAUAUAAAGUUGUGCAUUAUGGGGUUGUAAAAGACACGAGUAAUCUUUUAAUGACUGUUAUUUCAAUUUUUUAUGAAGUAAAAAUAUUUAUUUUAAUUUCAUAAAUAUGUUACAAAAGCUUCCAGAUUUAAAGAAAAAAAUCACCUGCAAACACUAAAUUAAAAGUUAAAAACUUCCACUUUUAAAAUUAUAUAGAUAUUUCUUCUUUACCUUGCACAAAGCCUUCAGUUCAUUUUUGAAUUCCUUCAUAAUAUAAAUGAGAAUACUAUCAGUUUGAUUUUCUGCUUUAAAUUGCUUUUAAUAAGCAUUUUAUACUGCAUUCCAAAGUGAUAUAGACUUAAGCUUUUAAUAUUAAUCUGUUAUUUGAUUGAUAGACAAAGUUAACAAUGCUUUAUGCUAGGAGGAGGGUUUUGUUAUUGGCAGCAACUUGCACUACUUUACGCAAACAGCAAAUGCUAGUUAAUAUGCACAGAGGAAAAUGAAUUAUAAGUCUGUGGUAAAGCAGCUUUGUAUUUCGAAAUUAAUUUGCUCUGAUUUUUCUUCUUUAGUUCAUUAGACUUUAGAAAGUCUUUUGACAGGAAACUGUUACAUUUAAGGCGAUCUGUUUGUUUUUGUUUCUUUUUUUAAAGAAAGACAUUAGUUAUGUUGCACCCCGUUUUUUUCCUACUACAUAACCACUUUUGUGAUUACAGUGUUAUGUCUUGGGUUUGAUGUCUUUGGACACAAAAGCAUAACAAUUAUUUUAAGUGAAUUUCCUCCCAUUUUUGAAGCUUAGUCUGCAAAUGAAUUGCUAUAAAAGAAAAUGCUUGGGUUUGCAUUACUUGAAUACUUGAAAACUGAAAUUAAUAAGAUAUAUUAAAUAAUGAAUUAGAUUUUUCUGAACAGUUUUUACACUAAAAUUUUCAUUUUUGGAUUCUAAUUGGAAAUGGGCAGAAGAUUUCAGCUAUUUGAAUGGAAAAAAUCAUGAUAGUGCUUAUAGAAAAUAUUCUUUUGUGUUUGAGGCAUGCAAAAUUCAACUUUUUAGUAGGUUUCUGUCCUGAAAUCUGCUUUCUCUUCUUUCCUAUACUUAGUGCACUUACUAUCCUACUGAUACUACAGUUAAAAUAAAAUCUGUGUUCAUUAUGAAUCCUAUAGCUUUUCUAGUUAUGAAAAAGUUGCUCUGUAAAAUACUCUUAAUCCCUACAUGUAGGCAUAUUUUUGUUUACGUCUUACCCAUUAAUGAUCUAAAUACCAUUAGUCAUUUAAACAAAACACUUAUAAGACGUUUAUAAAAAUUGAAAACAUUACAUAUUAUAUUUGAACUAGUUAGUGAAGGGUAAGAAAAAGAUGGCUGAUUUGAGUUGUUCCACUAGUUACAUUUCAAAACUCUUAAUGAAAGAACUUUCAGAGAUAGUUUGAGACCCAGUGGUAUCCAUGUAAACGAGCUCCUGUGACCUGGAAAAGACCCCAAAAAGCAGUGGAGGAGAUGAGAAUAUUUACUUGCCCUGGUUGUGGUGUGCUGCUACAUAAAUUAUGUAGUGACACACUGAAAUUUUUAUUGUCCAGUAAUCUGAAGAAGUUUCCUGUUAUUUAUCUGUUCUAAAGUAACUAUAAAUUGGUGGAAUCUGCAGAGAAGAAACUUUUUAGCUGUAUUGUAUUUAGGGACGUUUGUACAGCUGGGUAAAUUUUCCAUGGUAUGAAGUAUUUGAAUUUAAAACAUACUAUUAUUAUAAGGAAGAAGACCUGGCAAUAUUACAUGUUCUUAAGUGAUAAUUUCCUAUCAGUUUCAGAAGAAAGAAACCAAAAUGAAUAAUUGUCAUUGCAUUAGCUGUAUGUGAAUUGGAAAAUUGUGGCAUAAAGCUUAAAUUUGUGUUUAUCAAAUGUGAACCAUAGUAGUUUAAUGCUGCUUUGUAUAUACUGUAAGUGCUACAAAUAGUCUCAGCACUGAAAAUGUAUUGAUACCUCUUAAAUGAAUGCAACUUUUGAUGUAGGUGUUUUGAUACGCCUCAGAAAAUAUCUGAGUGUCUGAGAACUUGUUAAUCUGUUUGGUAAUGAAGAUACUUCCUGUUUUCUGUUGCUUAUUUUCAUGUUUAAAAUUUAAUUUUUACAUUUUUACUACUGUUAAUUUAAGUAAAAUUUGUUCUGUGGAUAAAAUGGGGUUGCCAGUGAAGAAAAUUAAAAACAGCCUCAUUCAUGUAACUGCUUAAGUAAAAAUACAUUUUUGCUAUAUGUUCAUAAACUUUUAAUGAAACUGUUUGUAUUUCUGUUUAAAUGUAAGUGAUGUUUAGGCUUUAUUUCUGUUUUAAUAAGGCCUUUUACCAUUGAUUAAAUGAAGGAAUGUAUCUUUUGAAGAGAUUUAUAUUCUGUAAAUAAAAAUUGGUUGUAACAAUAAAGUUGAGUUCUAACUGCAGUGUA